AGCCCCGGGCAGCCCCGGCCCCCUCCGAGCACCGUGCAGGCAGCUUCCUUGGCCCCAAGCGCUGCUGUGGGCACCAUGAGGGGUCUCUGGGCCCUGAUGCUCACGGGGCUCAUCAGUGCUUGUGAGGGGAAGGAGCCGCCACCAGCAGAAGGGCAGCUGUGCCCACAGCUCUGGGAGGAGGAUCUGGUUGGGGAAAAGUAUGAGAACAUUACGGGUUUUAACCUGAUUAAAAGGUUUGACCUGCUGAAGAUCUCCUCCAUCAAGAAGAUCAGGAACCCCAGGGGGCUGGUGGUGCUGCGGCUUGGGGCCGUCCCGCUGGUCCAGCCCACACAGCAGGUGUUCCCCCGGGGGCUGCCCCCCACCUUCACCCUCAUCCUCACUUUGCUGCUGAAGAAGAACAGCACCGGGGAGCACUGGUACCUCUUCCAGGUCACCGACCGGCAGGGUUACCCCCAGCUCUCCCUGGCUGUGCACGGCCCCGAGAAGAGUCUGGAGUUCCAGGCCAGGGCUCCGGGGGCCGCGUUCGUCAGCGCCGUCUUCGCGGGGAAGGCGGUGGGGUCCCUGUUCGACGGGAGGUGGCACAAGGUGGCGGUGUCCGUGCAGAGCAGCGCUGUCUCCAUACACCUCGACUGCUCCUCCAUCUCCUCCAAGCCGCUGGCAGCCCGGCGGGCGCUGUCCCCCGAGGGCAACACCUUCCUGGGGCUGGAUGCUGUGCGUGGCACCCCGAUCCGGUUUGACAUCCAGCAAGCUCAGAUCUACUGUGACGCCGAGCUGGCCAGGCAGGAGGGGUGCUGUGAGAUCUCGGCCAGUGGGUGCCAGGUGGAAGCACCCAAGACCCGUCGGCAAGCGGAGCUGCUGCAGAGCAGUAACCUCAUCGAGCUCUCCCCCCAGCCCGAGGGACGGGUCUACACUCGCUGCUUCUGCCUGGAGGAGCCACUGGGCACGGAGCCAGUGAGGACCUCAGGGAAGACCAAUUCAAAGGGAGAUCACGGGGAGAAGUGCCCUCCCUGCUCGCCGCAGAUGGCCUCAGGAAAUGUCACACUUGGUCCCCCAGGUCCAAAGGGUGGGAAGGGCGAGCGUGGGCUGCCAGGCACUGCUGGUGGCAAGGGGGAGAAAGGUGACCGAGGCGCUGACUGCGUGCGCACCCAUCCUGGUGGUCCCAUGCAGUGUGCUGAGGGGCCACGGGGUGAGAAGGGGGAGCGUGGAGAGGAGGGGGUCCCGGGACCAUCCGGUGCUGAUGGGCAGAAGGGACAGAAGGGUGAGAAGGGUGACGGGGGACUGCAGGGCAAGCCAGGGCGCCCAGGGCGUGAUGGCCGCCCUGGAGAGAUUUGUGUGGUGGGUCCCAAGGGCCAGAAGGGUGACCCUGGCCUCGUGGGACCCGAGGGGCUGGCUGGUGAGCCAGGACCCCCAGGGAAGCCAGGAACUCCAGGGAUUGGCUUUCCAGGGAAGCCGGGUGACCCUGGUGGCCCCCCAGGUCCAAAAGGAGAAAAGGGCAGUUCAGGAGCUCCUGGACCCGUUGGAUCGCCUGGGACACCCGGACCUCCCGGUGUCCUGGGGCCCAAAGGAGACAAGGGUGAGCCGUGUGAGGUGUGUCCCACCAUCUCCGAGGGGACACCCGGUGCCACUGGGCUGCCUGGCAAACCGGGAGCCAGGGGAGCACCCGGAGCACCCGGCAAGGAUGGGGUCUCGGACACCCCCGGCCCCAUGGGACCCAAAGGGGACAGGGGAGAUCCCGGCAUCCAGGGGAUGAAAGGGGAGAAAGGGGACUCCUGCCUGGCCUGUGACCCCCAGGUCCUUGCUUCGGUGCUGCGGGGUCCCACUGGGGGGCUUGGGGCUGAGCCAGCACAGCCGCAGGGUGAAGUGGGGCUCCCCUCACUGGCUGGCAUCAAGGGUGAGAAGGGGGAUGGUGGCCAGGAGGGACCUGUGGGCAGACCGGGAACCCCAGGACACAAGGGCAAUGCAGGCGUGCGGGGUCUGAAAGGAGAGAAGGGUGAGCCGUGUGGGCAGUGCCUCCCUGUGCCACAGGCUCUCGAAGGAGCAGCAACAGUGCUGGCUGUGCCAGGACCGCCGGGGGAGAGGGGCCCAGGAGGACCCCCGGGCAGAGCAGGCAGACCUGGUGACACUGGUCAGAAGGGACAGAAGGGGGACACAGGCAGCCCUGGGGACCCGGGCACCCCGGGCAUGGUUGGUGUCCCGGGGCUGUCGGGGGAGCCUGGCAUCAGGGGUCCAGCCGGUCCCAAAGGCGAGAAGGGAGACGCCUGUGAGCCCAUUCCCAAUCCGCACGGUGACUUCUUGGACGCGGUUGGCAUCCCAGGAAAACCCGGGGCCAAAGGGGACCAGGGCCCCCCCGGCGUUGGCCAGCCGGGCAGACCCGGGAAGCCGGGACUGCCGGGGGUCCAGGGCCCCGUGGGGCUGAAGGGGCUGCAGGGUGAGCCGGGACCACCGGGGAUCGGCCGUCCGGGACCCCAGGGAGAGCCUGGAAGCACUGGACCCCCUGGGACACCUGGACCCCCUGGACCCCAGGGACCCCCAGGGAUAGCGACAGAGAAAGGUGCCAAGGGAUCUCCGGGACCCAAAGGUGAUGUGGGACCUCCUGGGCCACCAGGGACCAGCAUCACGGGGCCACCUGGCCCCGAAGGGCCGCGGGGGCUCCCUGGGUCCAGUGGGCAGCCGGGGGAGAAGGGUGCCCGGGGAGAGAAGGGAGACCCUGGGGAAUGUCUCUGCCCACCCAGCCCCCGCCAGGACCCCAGCUAUGCCGGGAUGCCGGGAGCCCCAGGACUCUGGACUGGGAUGUCCUGGCAGCCACAGCCCGGCCCUCAGGUGGGCCCCCCUGGAGACCCCGGCCCUCCUGGUCCCCCUGGUGCCCCCUCGGCUUUAGGGAUGCCAGGACACAACGGCUUACCGGGACUGCCCGGACCAGCUGGGGACCUGGGCCCGCUGAGCGUCAUGGCUGAGAGGAACAUCGAGGUGCUGAGGACCCUCUGCGGGGACUGUGCCCAGCUGCAGGCAGCCUUUGCUCCUCCCAGCACUGUGGAAGGGGAGAAGGGGGAUGGGGGCAUGCCGGGUGCCCCUGGCAGUGAGAGCUGUGCCCAGUGCUUUGCUCAGCUGCCGAGAGCAGAGGAGGCUCGGGGUGACAACCCUGACACGGAUUGUGCUGGACAUCCUGGGCUGCCGGGCAUCCCGGGGGAGAGGGGAGAGCAGGGUUUACCAGGACUGCGGGGACCCCCGGGGCCACCUGGACCCAUCGGCCCUCCAGGCUUUCCUGGAACGCCCGGCGCACCCGGACUGCCCGGUCUCCAGGGGGAACGUGGCCCUGCUGGGCUUGCUGGAGCCAAAGGGGAGCCGGGACCUCCAGGGCAACCCGGCUACCCCGGUGCCACCGGUCCCCCCGGCCUUCCUGGCACCAAAGGUGAACGAGGCUACAUGGGCCCCCCCGGAGAGAAGGGGGAACUGGGACCGCCUGGCUUGGAUGGCUCUCCCGGUCCUAUUGGGCCAGUGGGGCCAAGGGGCGAGCGUGGGCUCCCAGGCAGUGCUGGUGAGAAGGGGGACCAGGGUUUCCAGGGCCAGCCUGGCUUCCCGGGACCACCGGGACCCCCUGGCUUCCCAGGGAAGGUUGGUCCUGCUGGACCACCUGGACCCAUGGCUGAGAAGGGCAGCGAGGGCAUGCGUGGCCCCCCAGGGAUGCCAGGGCCCCCCGGGCCCCCCGGACCUCCAGGCAUCCAAGGUCCCGCUGGCUUGGAAGGAUUGGAUGGCAAGGAUGGAAAGCCAGGGCUGCGGGGAGACCCUGGCCCACCUGGCCCACCAGGGAUGAUGGGUCCUCCGGGCUUCAAGGGGAAGACGGGACACCCAGGUCUGCCAGGACCAAAGGGUGACUGUGGCAAACCUGGGCCGCCAGGGAGCACGGGCCGGCCAGGAGCAGAGGGUGACCCUGGACCUAUGGGACCCCAAGGCCGCCAGGGACCCCCAGGGCUCAUUGUAAGGCCCCCGGGCAGUCCAGGGCAGCCGGGUCCCGCUGGGCUGACUGGAGUGGGGCUGAAGGGUGAGCGGGGCUCGGCGGGGGAGCGAGGGCUGCCAGGAAUGCCAGGAGAGCCCGGACCCCGACACCCGGGACCACCGGGGGAACAGGGAUCCGAGGGACCCGUCGGGAAAGAGGGCCCCCAGGAAAACCCGGUAACCGCAGGACCAGUCGGACAGAAGGGUGAAGCUGGAUCCCCCGGCGAGAGGGCUACCCCGGGGGAGAAGGGCAGAGCCGGAAUGCCGGGGGGGCCGGGGAAAAGCGGAUCCAUGGGUCUGGUGGGGCCGCGGGGGCCCGCAGGAGAGAGGGGUCCCCCCGGCUCACCAGGACCCGCGGGCAGCCCUGGGCUGCCGGGCCCCCCGGGGAUGAUGGGAGAUUUGGUAAAUUACGACGAGAUCAAGAGGUUCAUUCGGCAGGAGCUGAACAAGAUGUUUGAUGAGCGGAUGGCAUACUACACCUCCCGCCUGCACUUCCCUGUGGAGAUGGUGGCAUCCCCUGGGAGACCCGGUCCCCCCGGGAAGGAUGGGCUGCCCGGCCGGCCGGGCCCCCCCGGCUCACCAGGAAUGCCGGGACAAAUCGGGAGAGAGGGGCGGCAGGGAGUGCCGGGUAUGAGGGGUGAACCGGGAGCCAAAGGAGAAAAAGGAGAGAAAGGCGUGGGGAUGAUGGGGGAUACCGGGCCCCCGGCCCCCCCCAGUCCCCAAGGGCCACCAGGCUACGGGAAGAUGGGCCCCCCGGGGCCCGUAGGGCAGCAGGGGAUCCCCGGCAUCCCUGGCCCCCCGGGUGCCACGGGGCAGCCGGGCAAGACGGGGCACUGCAGCCCGGCAGAGUGCUUGGGAGUGCCCAUGGAGCAGCCCCUCUUCCAGCCCAAGAACGUCAAGGGUCCUUUUGGCUGAGGGGGUCUCCUUCCCCCCCAUCCCCACCCCCCGCCUUUGCUGUUAAUAUUGUUUCCCUGCUGUGCCGGGGGCUGUGCCUGUCCCGCGGGGGGGUGGGCGUGGGGUCUGGGUGUUGUACA